UUUUUCGUCUCUGCAUUUCGUUGUAAAUCUAAGCAAAUCAAAAAAAGUUGUCUUGUGAAAAAUUGAUAUAUCUUACAAGUCGUCAAUAUAAUCUAUGCGCACAUUUGGCAAAUUUCAAGAAAUUUUGGCAUGUCGAGUCUUUUUCUUUUCGUUUGUCUGCUUUCUCUUUUGGGUUAUCCUCAAAAUUCAUCUUCUAGAUCUGAUCUCUCCUUUACUAAACCAAAACUUAAUGUGUUUAGAUAGUAUGACACUAUACCAAUGCAAUACUCUCGCUGGUACUUUCUGUUUUACAGGAUGAAUUUGAAUGUGUUGGUAUAUUACAAAGAUUAAGAAU